CAGCAAAAUUGAUGUACACACUUUUCUCUUAUCCUCUAAUACUAGUAAUUUCAUUCUGCUUCUCACUCAAAAAAAUCAUAUUUCUUCUUACUCAAAAGUUCUGAGACUAUGACGAUAGUAACAACAUAUAACCACGAUGAAAACGAAGAAGACAGAUUGAGUGAUUUACCCGAUGGCGUUUUACUUCACGUAUUAUCGUUUUUGAACGCUAAAAAGGCCGUUCAAACUUGCAUACUGUCCAAAAGAUGGAACAAUCUCUGGAAGCAUGUUCCCACCCUUGAAAUAUAUUAUUCCCACUUUACAACUUUCAGAAGUUUCACCCAAUUUAUCUAUCAGAUUUUCUUUCUUCGUGAUCCCUCAAGCGCACUACACACUCUCAAUAUUAAACAUGUUGACUUCCAUCAUUUAUUGGACGCUAAACUACUCAAUACUGUUAUAAAUUAUGCAGUUUCAUACAACGUUGAGCGAUUACAAAUGCGUUUCAAAAGUGAUAUUAAAUAUUUUCCGCCUUGUUUAUUUUCAUCUCACACAUUAAAGUAUCUUGAACUUUAUGCUAGUCAUGACUCACUUACAAUAUUUCCUAAUUCUCUAAAUUUGCCAGAAUUAACCACUCUGUUUCUACGUCACUUUUAUUUUUGUGUUGGUGACGACAGUCGUGCUGAGCCCUUUUCAACAUUUAAUAAGUUGAAGAAUUUAAAGAUGUUUCAUUGUUCAGUUGUUGAUGAUGAAAACCUGUUCAUAUCAAGUGCCACGCUCGCCAACUUAAUACAAAUUGACUAUCCUUGUUAUUUUGGGAUCAAAUUCGAGUUAUACACUCCAAGUCUUUGUAACUUUGAGUUUGAGGGUACUCCUCUUCAGAAACUAUGUGGGAGCAACAACAAUCUCUCUUCUGUCAAACAUGCAAAUAUUAAUCUAAAAUCGCGUUUAAUUCAUGAGAAUACUCCUUUGGCUUUACUCAACUGGAUGAUUGAGCUUGCUAAUAUUGAAUCGUUGACAGUUUCUCGAGCUGCUCUUAAGGUACUUUAGGGAACUUUUUAUUUGAGAAAAUUGUAAGAGU